CUGCGGGUGAAGCCUGUUUAAAGCCGGGGGUCAGCCCGCGCUCUCUGCUCGGGUUUUAGCAUUAACGCGCUCACUUCCGGGUUUUAGGUUUUGUUCCGUUUGCAGUUUUUAUCGUUAAAAAUACACCGACACACACACACCGUGUAUUUCGGGUGGCCAGGUCCCAACAAACUAAACGUGGGACAAAGUGGACCAGGUGAGAGCUGAAAGGCUGACAGCGCUUCAGGCCCGGCUCCGCAGAGUGGCCGUGUGCACCUGCGGCACACAGAUCAGUCAAAGGCGGCUCCUGAUCUCAGCACGUUAUAAUGCACACCAGUGUCUUCCACUCCACCGUCUCCGUCAUGGGUGAGACCAAAGACGAGACUGCAGACCUUUGGAUGAGAACCUCCUUCCCUCAGUCAGAACACCGAGCAUGGGUCAUAGAUGUGUCUGCUGAAGAAUAAAAAUACUGCAGUUUCAUUUCUAUCAUAUUCAACAAAAUCUGCAAAGUUUGAGGCUUUUGGUUGCAGAUUGAUCACCUGACUGAUAAAAAGCCUUCCCUUCAUCUACAGGAGGUGGUGCAUCGCCAUGACGCAGAGGAAGAGGCCGUCCAGCACACAGAGCUCGUCUCAGAGAAGACAAAGCGGCAACUUAGUGGCUCAGGACGAGGAUGACGACGCAACCUUCACUCAGCCGAGCACGUCACAGGUGCAGAGAGGCCUGGAGAAACUCACACCUGCGCAGGUCGACCAAAAGACUGCUGAGGUGGUGCAGUACUUCCUGGUGAAGGACCAGAAGAAGAUUCCUGUACGCCGAGCAGACCUGGUGAAACAUGUAGUGAAAGACUACAGAAACAUCUACCCCGAGAUCCUAAAGAGGGCAGCGCGAACGUUUGACCAGGUAUUUGGCCUCAAACUCGUGGAAAUCGACCCAAAAAAUAAAAUGUACAUAUUGGUCAAUAAUCUGGAGACUCCGGAAAGAGCCUCUCCGAUCAAAAGCCCAUCCAGUCCAAAGAUGGGUCUGCUGUUCGUGAUCCUGAGCGUCAUUUUCAUGAAAGGCGGGGUCGUCAGAGAGAACCUGAUCUGGAACACUCUGAAGAAGCUGCGCGUGGACCCGGGAGAGAAGCACGAGGAGUUUGGGGACGUGAGGAAGAUGGUCACAGAUGAGUUUGUGCGUCAAAGGUAUCUGGAGUACGUGCGAAUCCCUCACACGGAGCCCAUCGAGCACGAGUUUCGCUGGGGUCAGCGUGCGGAUGCAGAGGUGUCCAAAGCCAAGAUCCUGGAGUUCGUGGGUGAACUUCACGAUCAGGACCCUAAGACCUGGAUUCAGCAGUACAGAGAGGCUCAUUCGACCCCUACCUCCAGCCAGGCCUCCACCAGCAGCAGCCAGAGAUAACUGCUCCACAGCUUCUCCUUCAUGUUAUUUAUUUUGGGUGAAGCUGCGUCAGUGCUGCGGUUUUUCAGUGUUAUUUUGCAGACAGAUGCUGUUACAGUAGGAUUCCCGGUUAGUUUACAUCCUCGUGUUCGUCCUGCGUGAGCCUCAAAUCUUUUUAAACAUUUAAUAUGAAAAACAAGCACAAAUUUCUGGAAUCCAUUUUGAUUUUAUUGCCUGGAUUUUAAAUGUAACAGCAGGUCAUUUUUCCAAGUUUAUAAAAUAAAGUUUUUUUAAUAAUUGAU